AUGUCCGUUUACACUCCCCAGUCAGGCUCACAAGCGGAAUACUCCAAGAUGAAGCUUCUUUACUUCAGCAACGAAUUUCCCAAAGACGACCUCCAGGGGCUCUUCCGCCACCUGUACAACCACAGUAAAGAUAGACGACACCCGAUACUCGCGAGAUUUAUUGAUGAGGCCACACUUGCUGUCCGAGACGAAGUACGGCAGUUACCGACUUCUGUCAAAUCUCUAGUUCCUGCUUUUGAAACUGUUCUUAAUCUUGCUGAUUACCCUGAGCUCCGCAAAGGGCCUCUAAGUGGGUCUUUGGACGGCGUCCUUCUUUGUGUCCUGGAAAUAGCAACUCUGAUCGGCUACUAUGAGAACACACCUGACCGAUUUGACAUACACAACGUAUCCACAUAUCUAGCAGGCCUGGGCCUUGGGCUUUUGUCAACUGCUGCUGUGUCAUUAUGUUCUACAUUAGCCGAUCUUCCAGUUACGGGUGCCGAGGUAGUACGGGUCUCUUUCCGUCUCGGGACAUUGGUCGACGAGAUCUCUCAGAAUCUAGAGCCUCGCGAUACGUCGGGCUCCCCAGACACUUGGGCUUCGGUUGUCCCCGGUGCCAAGGUCGAAGAAGUGCAGACGGAACUUGACGCUAUUCAUGCCAGAGAGAACACCCCGCAACCUAGCAAGAUUUUUAUCAGCGCAUGGGGCGAGGAUUCUGUCACGAUCAGCGGGCCCCCUUCGCGAAUCAAGCGUGUUUUGCGAUUAUCGGAAUUUUUUAGGCGCCACAAGGUUGUGAGCCUUCCUGUGUACAGUGGCCUUUGCCAUGCCAAGCACCUAUACAACGAACAGCAUGCACGUGCGAUCAUAUCUACGAAAACCAUCGACUCUAUAGAUACAGUAUACUCGCCUACAGUACCAAUCUACCAGACUUCGACUGGUAAACACUUCACAUGUUCAACCGCUAAAGAGCUGUUUGAGAAGCUAGUUUUGGAGCUCCUCACACAGCCCAUUCUGUGGGACAAUGUCAUUCAGGGCGUCGUUGACCAGGCAUAUACAAUAUCGGCAACUAACUGCGAAGUUUUGGUCUUUCGUAUUUCGGUUCCUAUCAAUGACCUACGGACUGCGCUUAGCUCCAAGCUUCAGGGGUUCGAGGCGUCAACGGAGGAGUUGAUUCCCUGGAUUCUUGAGAAGCCUAAUAAUGAAAGCCCACGGGGAACAAAACAGUCUAAGAUUGCAAUCAUCGGCAUGUCAUGCCGAAUGCCUGGCGGUGCAACGGAUACUGAGAAGUUCUGGGAUCUACUCGAGCAAGGCUUGGAUGUCGCCAGGAAGAUACCUGCUGAUAGAUUCGAUGUUGAAACCCACUGGGACCCGAAUGGAAAAAGAAUGAAUACGAGCCACACCCCAUACGGUUGCUUUAUUGACGAACCUGGUUUGUUUGAUGCUCCAUUCUUUAACAUGUCGCCGCGGGAAGCUCAACAGACGGACCCAAUGCAGCGCCUUGCCAUCGUUACUGCAUACGAGGCACUGGAGCGGGCAGGUUACGUGGCUAAUCGAACCCCAGCCACUAAUCUCCACCGAAUUGGAACAUUUUAUGGACAAGCUAGUGAUGACUACCGAGAGGUUAACACAGCUCAAGAAAUCAGUACCUAUUUCAUUCCAGGUGGCUGCCGUGCGUUUGGUCCGGGACGCAUAAACUACUUCUUCAAGUUCUCUGGGCCUAGCUUCAGUUGUGAUACUGCUUGCUCUUCCAGCUUGGCUACUAUUCAGGCUGCUUGUACUUCUCUAUGGAAUGGGGAUACCGACAUGGUCGUAGCCGGUGGUAUGAAUGUUCUCACUAAUUCCGACGCUUUUGCUGGUCUCAGUCAUGGCCACUUCCUCUCCAAGACACCCGGUGCGUGCAAGACAUGGGAUGUGGAUGCCGACGGAUAUUGUCGUGCUGAUGGAAUGGGAUCCAUCGUCAUGAAACGCCUUGAUGAUGCUGAGGCGGACAACGACAACAUUAUCGGGGUUAUUCGUGCUGCUGCCACAAAUCACUCAGCUGAGGCUAUCUCAAUUACCCACCCCCACGCCGGUGCUCAGAGUUAUUUGUACCGGCAGGUUACGAGCUCCGCUGGAAUUAACCCGCUAGAUGUCAGCUUUGUGGAAAUGCACGGCACUGGCACACAGGCCGGUGACUCUGUGGAAAUUACCUCCAUCACCGACGUUUUUGCUCCAAUAACUAAACGACGAAGCGCUCAGCAGCCACUCCAUAUUGGUGCUGUGAAGGCGAAUGUUGGACACGGAGAGGCCGUCGCCGGAGUGACCGCCCUUCUUAAGGUAUUGCUGAUGUAUCAGAAGUGUGCGAUUCCGCCACAUGUGGGUAUAAAGAACAGCCUCAAUCCUUUAUUCCCAAAGGAUCUGGACAAAAGGAAUUUACAUAUCCCCUAUCAAAAGGUUCCAUGGCCGCGCGUGGAAGGCAAGAAACGUUAUGCCGUGGUGAACAACUUUAGUGCAGCUGGGGGUAACACCACGGUUUGCCUCGAGGAGCCUCCACUGAGAGAGACAGACUCGGUUGACCCACGGGUGGCUCAUGUUGUCAAUGUAUCUGCGAAGAGCAAGUUUUCCUUUAAGAAAAACAUUGAGCGGCUAAUCGCCUAUCUGGAAGCCCACCCAGAGAUCUCGCUGGCGGAUCUUUCAUAUACUACCACAGCUCGACGCUACCACCACAACCACCGAGCCUCAGUCCCCGCCACCGAUAUUGCCCAAGUAACGAAAAAACUUUCAACGAUUAUAGAGAGGGUCGACACGCUCAAGCCUAUCCCAACAACUGGGCCACCGCAGGUCACUUUCGCCUUCACAGGUCAGGGUGCAUCAUACAAGUCAAUGGACCUGGAGUUGUUUCACCACUCGCCGUAUUUCAGGUCUCAGAUGCUGUACCUGAACUCACUCGCAGAGGCGCAAGGCUUCCCAUCCUUCAUUCCAGUGGUGGAUGGUAGCUACCCGAAAGACCAUGCCCAUUCUCCGGUUUCCACGCAGCUGGCUUUGGUUUCGACCGAGAUUUCUCUAGCCAAGUAUUGGAUCUCACUUGGUGCCAAACCAACUGCUGUCGUUGGCCACAGCCUUGGAGAAUAUGCGGCCUUCCAUGUGGCAGGUGUGCUUUCUGCCAGUGAUGCACUCUUCCUUGUUGGCCGCAGGGCGCAGCUAUUGGAAGAUAAAUGCCAGGUCGGCAGCCAUAAAAUGCUGGCGGUGCGUGUUCCGUUGGCUGAUAUUGAGAAAUUGUUGGAGGGCAAGAGCUAUGAGAUCGCAUGCGUCAAUGGGCCUAAAGAGACCGUGCUUAGCGGCACCCAGGAAGAGAUUGAAAUUGUUUCCGAUAUCUUGCAGUCGAGUGGCUAUCGAUGCAGCAUCCUGGACGUGGCAUUUGCUUUCCACUCGUCUCAGACAGAAGCCAUCCUCGACGACUUCGAAGAGGCCGCCAAAAACGGAGCACUGUUCCGAGCACCCACUAUGCCCGUUAUAUCUCCACUAUUGGGCAAGGUCAUUUUCGACGAUAAGACCAUCAACGCGAAAUACAUGCGCCGUGCAACUAGGGAGACUGUUAAUUUCCUGUCGGCACUUGAGAUGGCUCAGGACUUCUCGACGGUUGAUGAAGACACUGCCUGGGUGGAAAUUGGGCCUCACCCUGUCUGCUUAGGAUUUGUGAAAGCCACGCUCCCAACUGUCAAUGUGGCAGUAGCCUCCAUGAAGAGAGGAGAGGACAACUGGGUAACAUUGUCACAAUCUCUUUCUGCUUUGCAUUGCGCCGGGGUGCCUAUUGAAUGGAACGAGUACCAGCGCCCCUUCGAGAAAGGCCUACGGCUUUUAGAUCUGCCGACUUAUGCCUGGAAUGACAAGACAUACUGGCUUCAGUACAAUGGGGACUGGGCCCUCACCAAGGGCAACACAUUCUAUGAUGCUGAAAAGGCUCUCAAGGCGCAGCAAACGGGACACGUUUCCCCUGCGAUGCCUUCUGGUCUGAGAACUUCAACUGUCCAGCAGAUCAUCGAAGAGAGCUUUAGCGGAUCUGCGGGUAAAGUUGUAAUGCAGUCGGAUAUGAUGCAGCCUGACUUUUUGGCUGCCGCACAUGGACACAAGAUGAACGGAUGUGGUGUGGUAACUUCGUCCAUCCAUGCGGACAUUGGGUAUACCCUUGGGGGAUACCUCUAUAAGAAUCUAGUUAAGGGGGGCAAGACGCCGGACAUGAACAUGGCAGACCUUGUGGUUUUGCGUGGACUCGUGGCACAGAAGAACACCAAGAAGCCUCAGUAUAUCCGCGUCACCAUUUCGACUGUAGAUAUCCACUCGUGUGUUGCUGAUCUUACUUGGCAAAAUAUCCUCAACGACGGUACCGCAGAUGAGCCGUUUGCAAGCGCUUUUAUCUAUUAUGGGGAUGCUUCCGAGUGGCUCAAGACGUGGAUCCCCAACAAGCAUCUGGUUGAGGGUAGGGUGGAAGCCCUCGAGCGCCUUGCAGAAGAGGGUGUCGCGAAUCGCUUCAAUCACAAUAUGGCGUACCUUCUCUUUGCCAACAACCUGGUGGACUAUGCACAGAAAUACCGUGGAAUGCAAUCCGUUGUUCUGCAUGAGCUCGAGGCCUUUGCCGACAUCAAGCUCUCUACUGAGAAGAGCGGUACCUGGACUGUUCCGCCGUACUUUAUCGACAGUGUUGCGCAUCUUGCCGGGUUUGUGAUGAAUGUAUCGGACGCCAUAGACACAAAGGCCAACUACUGUGUCACACCGGGCUGGAGAUCUUUACGGUUCGCUAAGCCCCUUGUCGCAGGCGCGAAAUACCGAUCCUACGUGAAGAUGAUUCCGACCGAGGAAGACUCUACUGUCUAUCUUGGGGACGUCUAUGUCAUGCAAGACGGAGUCAUUAUUGGCAUGUGCGGUGGUAUCCAGUUCCGUCGGUACCCGCGCAUCCUGCUUAAUCGAUUCUUCACGGCUCCAGAGGAGGCCGGGGCUAUAUCUCACGCAGCUGCUUCAGCUACGCCAGCGUCUAAGGCAAAGCCACAACCCCAGCCUGCUGCUGCUGCGCCGGCUCCCGUGGCUACUCCGGUUCCUACUCCAGCACCAGUCGCAGUCGCAGUCACCGCUCCCGCUCCCGCUCCCGCUCCAGCACCCGCAGCAGAUUGCGACAGCGUGGCAGCCAAGGCCUUGGUGCUCAUCUCCAAGGAAGCGGCACUGGAGCUGUCGGAUCUUACGGAUGAUGCCUCGUUUUCCAAUCUCGGCGUCGACAGCUUGAUGAGUCUGGUGAUUGCAGAGAAAUUCCGAGAGGAGCUGGGGGUGACAGUGACUGGUAGUUUGUUCCUGGAGUACCCCACCAUUGGAGAUUUACGAAGCUGGUUGUUGGAGUACUACAACUAG